AUGAGAUCUUUUCAUCUCGCAAUCUUGGCCGGCUCGUUAUUUUUCGAUAGCACCAAUGGAGAUCCAUCGGUUCAUUCUCCUCGAGCUACUUGUACCGUUCAACCAAGUCUGAAUGGCACUGAUGAUGCGCCUGCCAUCCUCUCUGCAUUCAAAACAUGCGGCAAAGACGGAACUGUGUGGUCAACAAACAUUACCUACUGGCUUAAUCAAUCCAUGGCCUUCGGCUAUCAAAACCAAACCUCAGCAUGGUGGCUCGGAGGCAAUAACAUCAAUGUAAAUGGAUACGGAUACGGUACUCUAGAUGGUAAUGGCCAAGCUUGGUAUGAUUUUGUCAAGGGAAUUUCAAAUUAUCCGAAUAGGCCCCAAGCACUUACGAUAUGGAAUACCACGAAUUCCGUUUUUCGCGGUUUGAGAUUUGUGCAGAGUCAAAUGUGCAUUGCUUUGAAGGCCAAUAGUACUAAUAUCUUAAUCACCAAUUCCACAUUCUAUAACGGAUUAGGAGUGGCAAUAGGUAGCAUCGGACAGUAUAAGGGAGUAUACGAAAGCAUUGAGAAUGUGACGGCAAGUGAAAUUGUGUUUUAUAAGACAUUGCAUGGAGGGUAUGUGAAGACCUGGACGGGAGAACAGGCGGGAUAUCCACCGAAUGGUGGAGGAGGAGGAUUGGGAUUCCAAAUAAGCGACCUAAGUAUGUACAACAUAUCCGGCAGUAUAACCAACCCCAUUACCAGCUACCAAUGCAGUGCUGUCGCUCCCUGUAAGGAUAUCACUAUGGAAAAUAUCGACGUUGUAGAUGCGAAUGGGACGGCGGGAACAGGAUAUAAGUGUACGAAUGUUAUUGGGACAACAGGGUUCACCUGUACUGGUCCUACUUGA